AUGGGUCUUCAGUCUUCGGAGGAGGAUACUAGUGUAGGGCCUUAACCACCUACUAUUUUGUCUUCUGCUUCGUUUCGUGGAGCUUCGGAGACCCUACGUUUUUUAUCCUGUAUUUUCGCGAUAGAUGAUCGACCACCCACAGCUCUACUAGCACAAUUAAUUGUUGCUUUAAGUAAUUACUUGAGUUAGUAUUGAAGCCAACGUCAUUUUUAACCCCAUUCUUCCUUAAAUCUUCACGAUGCUCUCCUGGUAGGCCUUAGAAACACUUCUGCAUCCGAAUCGGUAAGUUAUAAGUCAUAGGCAGCUUUGGUAAUUACUGAUCCCUGAUAAUAUUUUGCUGCCAAUUUGUCGGCUACGAUGACUCCGAGGUUGCUAAGGUCGCGGACUGGUGCAAACAGCCCUUAUUUUGCAUACAUCGCGGACAUCCCGAGUCAAAUAGGCUGCUAAAUCCCUGGGGUUACGAACUGUAGGAAUGCGCCUGAAGGCGCAACUACCUGUUUGGCCGCGCAAGGUGCGGCUAAGCGCGUAGGUGUGCACGUAUUGAUGCGACUGACUUACUGGAGGGAAGCCAUCGUCCGAGUCAAUAAAAUUCCUCACCGUUACGCAACUCGCCCUGAUAUUUUUGAGCCCUUUUUUUAAUAGGAAUCUUCGAAAAGCUAUGACAUCUUGCACAUUCUUAUAGGAUACCUCCAAUGUGUCUGCCCCUUCUCCCGCGACUGCUAACUUACAGCGCUACAGAUGUAAGUCUUGUGCCUAUUUACAUGUUUGUUAGUCACUCUGCCAAAGUCAGAUACAUCUCCCGGACCUGUUACGGAACGCGCUGUUUACGGUUUCGCCACCUAUAUUAUCGCCUGGUUCCUCUUUGGUAUGUCUUUUUAAGUCGGCUAACUUUGUUUUGUCUUAUUGUUCUUUUCUUAUAAUUUACACAGUUGUGUCGUCGGUAUCUUAGCGGAACUUUCCAACCAUUGAGUGAAUCUACUAAGUAUUGAUUGACUAUGUGUCUGCUUUAAUGAGACAUAGUCAAUUACUUCGCACGCAUUCGAGAGGUCGUUGUCCGUACGACGUACUUGUUACUUCAUGGCAAGAAAGUUCGACCGAACUUCCCCAAAAUGUCCGAAAACCAAAUAUCUGCCGGGGGACAUUUCUCCCUAUGUCUAAGUUACCUCUGCUUAAAUAUAUUCAUUUAAAAGCCAGAAGUCAGGACCUACUGUAAGUUAAACGGUCAUCCGGCUCGUCGCGUGGUAUUUGACUUCACUACUUUAACGUUCAAAGUCAUAAUGCUUCAGAACUUAAUUUGGCAUCCCCAUGUUUGUCCCCGUACGUCUUGUGGAUUAGCCCGACAGAAGUACUCAAUUAGGUCUAUGACUCAUCACGAUUCCUCUAAUUCCUAUUUGAAUAACUGAAACUUGUUACUUUGGAAUCAGUGUUCAACAGUAAUCUACCCCGGUUAAGUGACCUUAGUUUGCAGGCUGCUUAGCUCUUCGUAAGCUCAAUUGAGUUUUAUGCACUAUGGAUGUAUGAAAAAGCGCCUAUUUCGCCCGUCCUUGAUGUAUUUAGGUGUCUGAAUAUCCCAUCCAAGCUUUAGUCAGUAUCUUUAUAAUUCUACCCAAUUGUCCAGUAUAGUGCUCAAUUAGUUAAUUUUUGAUUCUAGGACUUUAUCUUGUAUGGGCAUAUGUUCCGCAUGAAUAUUUGGCUUCAAUUGGUCUGACUUAUCUGCCAUCGCGGUAAGUGUUUUGUGCCUUUGUGUAGGUAAUUCCAAAAGCUGUAUUUCAGAUUUCUCGGGUUUGCAUAGAUCCUUAUUUCUUUGAGAACUGCGUACACCUGAACAGGCCAUAGGCAGGGUUGUAAGAGAACUAGGUAAUCAGAUUUACCUAAAUUGAAUCACCAGCACACGGACAUUAACGCGUUUGAUUAACCCAUUUAUCGUCGUUUUAAAGCCUUAAUUUUAAGUCCAACCAUCCUCCUCUUCUUCGCUAUCGUUAGUGCAGGCUGUCAAAGUUACGACUUCGAUGCAUCUAAUUUCCUGCACAAAGGGAGGAAAUACAAACAUUUUUAAAUCGUGGCGCCAUCUCCCACCUAAGGCAGUUCAGAGUUGACUACUCUCCGUUGAAUACGCAAUAAGAUAAUUCGGCUUCAUUUUCAGGAAUUAUUGGCGUCACCAGUUGAAACAUUCCACACUGACCCCGCCAGUGUUUAGUUUUUUAACACGCCAUUUUCUCCCAGUCUCCAGAAAAUUUCAAACAGAAGCCACUAUUUUGUCUGCGUAGAAUUGAAUUUCGUCAACACACCCCGGCGAUGUCCUAGAAGAUUGGGCUUUUCAUGAAACCGAUGCGUAAACCCGUGUUUGGGAUUUAGUGGCUGGCCUUUAGGAUGAAGAUCUAGGCGUUUGUAGGGUUUGCAAGGGAAUACUGGGUCAUUUUACAAUGGUCCGUACAUCCUGCAUCCCAAUGGCUUUUUGACCUUAUAGACUUACUUUUUGAUCCUUAUACUCCCCAUAUCCUUCCUAGAAUUUGGGCCAUCAUUGUCCCGUGGGGCCUGAUUGUACUCCUUUUUGGUGGCGUUGGUAUAUACCUGUACUUUAACGGACGCCUGGUGUUGCCACAAUCUUCUAUCCACUUGCUCUAUGGUGAGUGCCCCUGUAAAAACUCUGCCACCUCUCCUUCCCCACCUGCCCCUCUCGACCGUCACCACAGUUCAUAUUUUACAUACUUAUAUUUGCGCUGCCCCUAGUUCCUAAACCCUUGGCAGUCUUCAUAUAUCAGAUGUCUUGUUUUCGACCACUGAAGGUUGUUGGGUCAGUAUCCUCCCGAAGUUAUUCAGUCUGCUCACUUCUGUUCUAUCAUCACAGCAGCGGUAGUGGCGUCACCUAAAACAGGGAUUCUUGGAGGUGGGGUCAAGGAGGAGCUUCUCUUGUGGUCGACAGCGGUCUUAAGCUGUGUCUUCCGCAAGAUGUUGUUCCGAUUGAUUGUGAAGUUCCGCAUUCGGGAUGUGGUCCGCGAAGGUCGCAGUACUCUGCGAGGGCAUCGGUUGUCCAACAUCUCGACAUAAAGCGACACGGCCCUGGCCGUAACCUCACCCAAUUGAAUCCUUCCAUUCUCAUUUGGUUUCGCGGCAGUGUCGCGGAGACAUUCGGGACCACCAGAAGACGUUGCGCACGGGUUUUUCUAUAGCGACUCCUCUUCCCGUGGAAAGUAUAACAGAAACUGACACACACAAAACGCCAAACUCCUCCUUCCCCGUUUCCCCACCUUUUCGCAACGCGAAACCAGUGGGAGGGACCCCGGUCUUCCCAGUCUUGAGCAUAAAGCCGACGUUGUAGGUGGCGGUGACCACGGUGAGAUGUUUCCUAGAAGAAAUUCCCAGGUAGGACGGUGCUGUGAAACACCGAGCCAUUACAGCAACUGUCCUCCGCGCGUCCUAUCCAUCAUUGUCGUUAUUAUUAGGCUGGAUGACUAACAGCGACCAAGGUAAGGAAUGCAGGACUGUCACUGUCCUCAAGCGUGCCGAAACCUCUCUUUUACUUGGUACAGCUGCGAGCACGUCUGCUCUAGCCGGCCUUGAUGGUGUCACAGGCUUCACUUCUCCACGCGUGACGAUCCACGGCAAAGAUCUGAACAGCUCAACUCAUUCUCUUCGCCAGUGACGGAGACUAAACAUCCAGGGUCCGAGAACCACUUCCAUGUCGUGACAGACUGUCAAGACAGGGCUCGAGUUUACCCUCUCUUCGAAGCCGGUAAGUGGGUAAGGGUGCCGGGUCAGCGGCAGCAACACUGAGAGCUGGCGAGGUGGACGACGAAGAACGUGUCCAAACCACCGCAGUCGUUUUUUAAUGGCCUACGAUUUCCUUGCGGCGUCGCAGCGAGUAGGCCUUCCCGUCACACUCUUCGGCAGCUGAUGUUGGUGCGUACACGAAGACCCCUCGCUAAUGUGUCGAAAUCGUACAUUUCGAAGUAUUUCUAAUGUGACAAACGGCACUCCUGAUCGCUGCUUCCUGGACGUUGUCCCCACCUUCGGCUUGUACAUCUCCGGUGCCUCUUCACUUGAAUAAUAGCCGGAAACUUCGAAAAUGUCCCGGGAAUUUUCUGGCUCCCAUUCGACGGACGAGCCACAACCGUUCAGUAUGUCCUCCAACUUAACCCUUUCAGGGGAUAAACUGCUAACCCGUUGUCCAAUUCAAUGCCUGUAUUUCCUACAAGCCAAGUAUAUGCCCUAGUGGGAAAAUCCACCAAGGUUGAUCGAGAUAGUUUUUUGUGCAGAAAUAUUUUUUUUUAUACUUCGUUCUCCUUAUCUACUCUGUCCCAGAUGACACCAACUCGGAGCUUCCCUUCGUCUUCACCCACGAAUAUGAUGACCCAGAGUUUCAGGACCGGCAAAGGACUCUCGCAUACACGCCGCAGUCCGUAGUUCUGGCACCAACUCUGGACAUCAGUCUAGACUGGGUCAACAGGCAGCUCUACCUUUCUGGCAAGAAGUAG